UCCAACGCAGCUACCGGUGCUUUGGUGGAGUUUGACGUGGCACUCUGCUUUCAGGGCAAUACACAGUGAAGAGGACUCUGCCCAAUCUUCAGAGAUAAGACAUACGGUUACACAGAGAGGACAACAUGCGGGUAGGAUAAUCUGGAAGAGAAGAGAAAGCAGGCAGGGAUGCUCCAGUCUUCAGCCAUCAUAGCGGUCUUUGACGUGGCAUUCCUCUGAAGUGGCAGACACGGUUAACUAGGUUGUCAAAACUCAUUCAUCCUGGCAUGAGAAGGCAGUAAAAUCCCAUCAAAAUGAGUCAACAGGGUUAUGUUGCUGCACCGCCCUACUCCCAGGCACAGCCAGGGAUGGGGGGCUACCAAGGUGGAUUUGGAGCUGGUCCUGCACAGCCCCUCUAUGGGCACUAUGGGGGACAGCCUCAGGCGUUCACCGCUCCACCAACAGGUAUGAUGAAAUCGCCAGUUUCCUCUGCUGCCGGUAUGCCUCCACCUCCAGUGUCCAAUCAGUACAAUCCAAAUGUCCAGCAGAAUGGUGCUCAUCCACAAAGAUACCCUGCUCCACCAGCUGUUUCUGCUUAUGGACAACCUCAGUCCCCUUACAACAGCAUGGCUUCUACGGCCCCGCCUCCAGCACAGCAGCUCACCAAUCAGAUGAGUUCCAUGAACUUGGGCAACUAUGCACCAGGUCCCAUGCAGAGCGCACCACAUCCAACAAGCUCUGUAGCCCAGCAGCCUUUCCAAACUUUUCCUCCUCCAGCAAUGGGCCAGCCACAGAUGCCUCCAGGCCCGCAGUCACCCCACAUGUCACCCCACAUGUCCCCCCAGAUGUCUCCACCACAGUCACCCCUAGCAAGCAUGCCAAUGGCAGGCCCACCGAUGGCCGGCCCUCCAAUGGCAGGCAUGGGUAGACCCUUCCCCGGGCCGCCUCCUUCAGGCCCCGGAGGUUUCCAGCAGCCUGGUCUUGGAGCUGCUGGUCCAGCAGGAUACCCACAGCAAGGAGGUCAGUUUGGGGGACACAUGGCUGGGCCCCAGCCAGGCAUGCCAGGGGCCUUCCCUGGCGCUCCAGGCGGACUGGCUGGACCACCUCAGAAGAAACUGGACCCUGACUCUAUCCCCAGCAUAACUCAAGUCAUCGAGGAUGACCAAGCAAAACGAGGGGGACAGAUCUACAGCACAAACAUCAGAGGACAGGUUCCACCUCUGGUCACCACUGACUUCACAGUACAGGACCAAGGCAAUGCCAGUCCCAGGUUCAUGCGCUGCACCACCUACUCCCUACCCUGCACCGCUGAUCUGGCCAAACAGUGCCAAGUGCCCCUGGCCUCCAUCAUAAAGCCCUUUGCCAAUUUGCCAAAGAAUGAGACUCCUCUGUAUGUUGUGAACCACGGUGAGACAGGCCCAAUCCGCUGCAAUCGAUGCAAGGCCUACAUGUGUCCCUACAUGCAGUUUAUUGAUGGGGGGCGUCGCUACCAGUGUGGUUUCUGCAACUGUGUCAAUGAAGUGCCAGUCUUCUAUUUCCAACAUCUUGACCACAUGGGCCGGAGGGUGGACUUCUAUGAGAGGCCCGAGCUGUCCCUGGGAUCAUACGAGUUUGUAGCCACCAUGGAUUACUGCAGGAACAACAAGCCUCCGAAUCCUCCUGCCUACAUCUUUAUGAUUGAUGUGUCCUAUAACAACAUUAAAAGUGGACUGGUCAAACUGAUAUGUGAUGAGCUGAAGACUCUACUGGAGAAUCUGCCCAGCGAGGAAGGUACGGAGAGCUCUGCCAUUAAGGUUGGCUUUGUCACCUACAACAAGGUCCUCCACUUCUACAACGUGAAGAGCGCUUUGGCCCAGCCCCAGAUGAUGGUGGUUUCAGACACAGCGGAGAUGUUUGUCCCGCUGCUUGAUGGCUUCCUCGUCAACUAUCAGGACUCCAGGACUGUCAUCUACAACCUCCUGGACCAGAUCCCUGAUAUGUUUGCAGACACCAACGAGAGUGAAACGGUCUUUGUUCCUGUCAUCCAGGCCGGCAUGGAGGCAUUCAAGGCAGCAGAAUGCAGCGGAAAGCUCUUCAUCUUCCAGUCCUCCAUGCCCACGGCUGAGGCUCCUGGCAAACUGAAGAACAGGGAUGACAAAAAGCUGGUCAACACUGAGAAAGAGAAAACCCUGUUCCAGCCUCAGAAAGGAGUGUAUGAGCAGCUGUCUAAGGAGUGUGUGGCUCAGGGCUGCUGCGUGGAUCUCUUCCUCUUUCCAAGCCAGUAUAUGGACAUUGCAACCAUGGCUGAUGUGCCCUCGCACACCGGUGGCUCCGUCUACAAGUACUGCAACUUCCAGGUGGAGACUGACGGGGAGCAUUUUCUGAGAGACCUCAGAAAAGAUGUGCAGAAAAGCAUCGGAUUUGAUGCCAUCAUGCGUGUUCGUACCAGUACAGGUUUCAGAGCCACAGAGUUCUUUGGUGCCGUCCAUAUGAACAACACCACAGAUAUAGAGAUGGCAGCUGUGGAUUGUGAUAAGGCUGUGACCGUAGAGUUCAAGCAUGACGACGCGCUCAGUGAGGAGACUGGGGCACUCAUGCAGUGUGCCUUGCUGUACACCACCGUCGGUGGACAGCGGCGUCUCCGCAUCCACAACCUCAGUCUGAACUGCAGCUUGCAGUUGUCUGAGUUGUUCAAGAGCUGUGAGACCGACUCACUCAUCAACUUCUUUGCCAAAUCAGCUUGCCGUGCCAUACUGAGCCAGCCUCUGAAGAAUGUGAAGGAAAUCCUUGUCAACCAGACGGCCCACAUGCUGGCCUGCUACAGGAAGAACUGUGCCAGCCCCUCUGCUGCCAGCCAGCUGAUCCUGCCUGAUGCCAUGAAGGUGUUUCCGGUUUACAUGAACAGCCUUAUGAAAACUGCCCCUUUGGUCGGCAGCACAGAGCUCUCCACAGACGACAGAGCCCAUCAAAGGCUGUUGAUCAUGGGCAUGGGUGUGGAGGACACACAGCUGCUGCUCUACCCCCGCCUCACCCCACUGCACAACAUGGACGUAAGCAGUGAGGCUCAUCCUGCUCCAGUGCGCUGCUCGGAGGAGCGUCUGACCGACUCUGGCAUGUUCCUGCUGGAGAACGGCCACUCCAUGUUUCUGUGGCUGGGCCAAGGGAUCCCUCCAGACCUCAUCCAGAGCAUCUUCAACCUGCCCUCCCUCGCCCACCUGCAAGGACAAAUGUGUGUGCUGCCAGAACUGGACAACCCGUUGUCAAACAAGGUCCGAUCCAUCAUCAACGGUCUGAUUGAAAACAGGCCGAAUUCUAUGAAGCUCAAUAUCGUGAGGCAGAAGGACAAACCAGAGAUGUUGUUCCGUCAGUUCCUGGUGGAGGAUAAAGGCCUGCACGGGGGAGCUUCCUACAUGGACUUCCUUUGCUACGUUCACCGAGAAAUCAGGCAGCUGCUCACCUAACACUCCACCCCCAUCCCAACACUCGGCCUCAGUGUCUACUAUCGACUGGCCUGGGAGGAACACGCCAUGGACAAUACACAAACUCCACAGGGUCAGUCUCAGUUGGCUCAAUCUUAAGGAUGGUCCACAGAAAGAAACUUUUUAAGUGUUUUACAAAGACAGAGGAAGAAGCCAGGAACGAGGGAGAGCCUUUUUGAGAUUUAACCUUGAGAGUUCACAGCUGCCUUUCCAACAUGCUUUUGUCACCCUUAAGUGUACACACAGUAUGAUCUUCAAAUAACCACUUGUCACUUGAAGGACUUCUAAGUAAAACAUGGACAACACAUCCAACAUUUUCCCGCACAGAUACUUUGUGUGAUGAACUGUGGAGACUGGAAUGACAUCAGUGUCUGAGGCUGAAAUGCGUUUUGGCAUAAAGCCCAUGGGCAUAAGCAAUACACUAUAUAUCUCCACAGGGAAGUCAAUUGAGUUUGACAUUUCACUUUGUAGAUUUACAGGCUCAGACAAGAGGUUAUUUGUGGGCAAUACUGCAUGUUCACUUUGGAACUCAAUGAAGCUUGCAAGUCUUUGUUAUAUAUGAGUCACAAUAAUUCACAUUUUAAAAUCUUUUUAAACAAGAAAUGCUCAUAGAAUUUUUACAAAACUUAAUUGCUAAUAGAGGCUUCUACAUUUUAUCACACUUUUGCUGUCCUAGUGGAAAUUGACUCAAAUAAGCAUACACACAAGUAGUGCAUGGACAGUAUCAGGUUAUUCAUAAUUGAGAAGAAACAUUGCAGCAGCUGCCAAGGACUGGAAAUGAGACUUGUCAUCACACCAAGAGUGAUAAAAAGCAUUUGAUUUGCGCAUACCCUCAACAAAAAUUCUUCGACCAUUUAUAGCAGAGACUUGAUCUCCACAGUGUGCAGUGACGCAGAAAACGUUUUGUUUUGGUGUUCUGAGAUUACUAUGAAAUGAUCGCAGCUGUUGCUUUACAUAGAGGACAAACUCACACGCCCCGGUUGAAAAAUUACACCUUUUUUUCUGCACUGCACCAGUCAGAAUUGGAAUUUAAAAUGGGAUGCAUAAGGGAAUGGACGGCUAAUGAUGCUGAUAGUUAGAGGCAUCAUCAUCAAAGAAGUUUAGGGACCAAAUAUAAGACUUUUACUUAAAACUGUCACCGACAAUCCAACAAAAGAAGAAGAUAAUAUUGUGAGUGAUUCAUUUUGUAAUGAAAAAAGGCCCCAGCUGACAAAUCUGACAGGACAAUAUAACCACCAGUUACUAUUGGACCAUCAGAUUUGUGUCUGCUCACUCUUCAACCCAAAUUCAGUCAAAUCUUUUUACACUUAUAACUAUAAUCGUCAUCAUUGUCCGUAAUGGUAUGUAACAUUUCAGUCUUGUGUACAGCAAUAGCAUCGUAAUGCAUUGGAUUGCUUGUUUUUAUUGAAAUAAUUGCUCUGUGUAAUUUAUGUAUGCAUUUGAUAUACGUUGUACAAUUUUGUGUAUUGUGGCCAGCAAACAGUCUUUUUGUACACGAAACACACAAAGUGUUUUUUCAAAAUAUUACCAUCUGCCUUAAGUUGAUAUGAUAGUUGCUAAAAGAUACAUGAAAGUAUAUGUCUGAGAUGUCUAUGGCUGAUUUCAAU